AUGGACGACGUCGUCCGCUCGUUCGGCAGAGGCAUCUCACGUGCCGCCCGCAGCGUCCGCAGGCAGGUUCAGCGAGAUCAGCAUUCGUCUCAUGAUUCCCCAGUUGCCGCUUCGUCGUCGUCGGCCCCAUCCUGGGUCGCUUCGUCCACCAGCGCCGAGACCGCCACAAAUGUACCGGCAUCCGCACCCGCGUCCGCGCCCGCGCCCUCACCCGACGACCACCCCGAUCUCGAGGCCCAACUCCCGGCUCACACGACCGCGUCUCAAUCCCAGUACGCCGCCGUGCCGCUCACGUCGCCGCCGCCCGUCGUCACGACCGCGCCGGGGUCGGGAUCGGCCUCAUCGCCUGUUCACACGCAUACGCCCCAAGCCCAUGUCCUCCCUACCCUCACUUUCGGCCCAUCCGCCCAGCCGCCCACUCACGAUGAAGCAUCUCCUCAUCAUCAUCAAGCUCUCACCCCUCACUCGACCGGCAGCUCGUCCACCUCUGACGCCCAGACAUUAACCAACAACAUCACCACCCAGACCCUCACCGUCCCGAGCAACCCAUCCCAGCCCGUGUCGCCGCUGUCGCCCGCGCCGGCCGUGCUUCACUCAUCCAAUGCGGCCCAGCUCUCUCCCUCCUUCACCCCAUCUGCCAUAUCGUUCGCGCCCCAGGUCCAUCCCAAUUCACCGACCCCCCAGCCGCUCAACCUCUCGGUCGCCACCUCGCCAGCUCAGUACGUACCCUCGCCUCUCGAGUCUCCCAUCCCCCUCGAGCUCGAGCAGCAGAUCUCCGGCAAGGACAACGCCUCGAUCCGGCCCCAGAGCGGCCCCCGGCCCCGCACAUCCCGCUCCCGACGUGACUCGGUCAUCGAGAAGGUCGCCUCCUUGGACCCCCGUCGGCGCUCGCGCAGCCUCGGCCCCAGGACGGGCAACAGCCUCAUGGACCUGCCGCCCGAGCUCCACCUCAUGAUCAUCGACUACCUCGAGUUCGGCGAGCUGGAGAACCUGCGCCGCACGUGCCGGUUCUACCGCAACUUCCUCACCAAGCAGACCAUCCGCGACCUCUUUGGCGAGCAGUUCCGCCUCGCCCUGCUGGCGCACUGCUACAUCUGCCUCAAGUACGACCCGACCCGCGGCAACCUGCUCUGGGCCGAUUACAACCACCCGCGCUACCCGCUCGCCAGUAAGUGCGUCGACUGCGCCUACCAGGAGGACGAGCUGGCCGUCGGCAAGAAGGUGGCCCUGGGCAACUACGCCAGCGUGUGGAUCUGCCGCUGGUGCGGGUAUCCCGUCGCCGGCACCGCGGCGCCGAACCAGCCCGAGUUCCACAAGGGCUGUUAUAGCCACUACAACAACGUCCUCCUCGCGUAUUUCGUCCUGGGCUGGAUCCAGCUGAGUCUCGGCAUCGUUGCCGCCGCGCUGUGCUGGAGAUACUUCAGGGAUGAGACCUUGAUCUUGGUGUCGUCUAUCGUCAACUUCGUUUUGUUAUGGUGGUGCUUGGCCUUUCUAGUCGUGAGGGGCGAACACAAGCGCACAUAUCACUUCACCGGCGUACUAGAAGCCGCGAUACUCGGCCUCUGGUGCUUGCCUCUGUACAUACUUGUCAGGGACAUCGAAGACGGCGUCGACGGAGCCUUGGACAGGAGGGUCACGGUGACCCUGGUCUUUAUCAUCCUGAACAUGGCUUUCCGCCUCUUGAACGUCCUGGGCAACAUCAUCCUCACGCUCGAAUGGCGACACUUUGCGCGGAAGAAGCCCAGGCUCACGCCGGCCGGCCGCUUCGGCAACAUGGUGCUGGCCUUCCUCGUCUACUGGACCUACCCGCAGGCCGUCGAGCAGGAGUACCCGCCGCAGUACCACUUCAUCAACACGGGCCGGCGGCGGGUCAAGAUGAUCCUCGCCGAGAGGAACGCGCAGCGGCUGCGGGAGCAGCAGCAGAUAAUGACUAUGAUGUACUAA